GAGAGGGAGAGAGGGAGAGAUGGAUGUGUGAUGAUGUGACUUGGUGUGAGUUCUCAGAGUCACGUUAGAGGAGAAACAGAGUCCGGAUCAACCAGAGAACAAACCACGAGGUUUUAAAUCAUCUGAGCGGGAGAGAGAGAGACGCCAUGAUGAUUUAAAAUCAACACCUGCUGAUGUCACGAGCUCACACCUGUCCGUUCUUCUAAAACUCCGCGUCGUUUUAACAUGUCUGGAGAGUUUGGGCGUAAAAGUGCGCGCUGCUGCGUGGCGCACCAUCUUUAUCUUCAUCUUCACCGGAUCUAGAGCCGAGCAGGAGCCGAGCAGCAGCCGAGCAGGAGCCGAGCAGGAGCCGAGCAGGAGCCGUCAGAGCGUCUGAAAAUGGCUGAGCUGCGUCCCGCCCGGAGCCGCUCCGCUCCGAGGCUCACCGCCGUCUUCUGCGUCUUGCUGCUGGUCUCCGUGUCCGUGUCCUCCGCCAGCCAGGAUGUUGUUUCUGGAAACAACGAGACUCGGACACGGAACCCGACCCGGGUCCCCGAGGAGGACCCCCACCACCAGACCAACUCCACGGCUCACAGGAAGGCUUUCCCCGUCCUCUCCUUCAACUACGAGCACGUCAGGAAGCCGUUUGAGAUCUCCCUGUGGAUCCUGCUGGCUCUGCUCAUGAAGCUGGGUUUCCACAUCAUCCCCCGAGUGUCUCACGUGGUCCCAGAGAGCUGUCUGCUGAUCGUGGUCGGUCUGCUCGUCGGCGGCAUCAUCAAAGCGAUCGGAGAGGAAGCCCCCAUCCUGGACUCCAAGCUCUUCUUCCUCUACCUGCUGCCGCCUAUCAUCCUGGACGCCGGCUACUUCCUGCCCAUCCGCCCCUUCAUGGAGAACAUGGGCACCAUCCUGGUGUUCGCGGUGGUGGGCACGCUGUGGAACGCCUUCUUCGUGGGCGGGAUGAUGUACGGCGUGUGUCAGAUCGAAGGGGCCCAGCUGAGCGGCGUUGACCUGCUGUCCUGCCUGCUCUUCGGCUCCAUCGUCUCGGCCGUCGACCCCGUGGCCGUCCUCGCCGUGUUCGAGGAGAUCCACAUCAACGAGCUGCUGCACAUCCUCGUGUUCGGGGAGUCGCUGCUCAACGACGCCGUCACCGUGGUCCUGUAUCACCUGUUCGAGGAGUUUUCCCACGCAGGGACGGUGACCGUGGGCGACGCCCUCCUCGGUGUCGUCUGUUUCUUGGUGGUGUCCCUGGGGGGCAUCAUGGUGGGGGCCAUCUACGGCGUCCUGGGAGCUUUCACUUCCCGCUUCACCUCUCACACCCGCGUCAUCGAGCCCCUGUUUGUUUUCCUCUACAGCUACAUGGCGUACCUCUCUGCCGAGGUCUUCCACCUGUCGGGCAUCAUGUCGUUGAUUGCGUGCGGCGUGAUGAUGCGUCCGUACGUGGAGGCCAACAUCUCCCACAAGUCCUACACCACCAUCAAAUACUUCCUGAAGAUGUGGAGCAGCGUCAGCGAGACGCUCAUCUUCAUCUUCCUGGGCGUUUCCACCGUGGCCGGUCCUCACGCCUGGAACUGGACCUUUGUCAUUUUCACCGUCAUCAUCUGUUUAGUGUCGAGAGUUCUGGGCGUCAUCGGUCUCACCUACGUCAUCAAUAAAUUCCGUAUUGUCAAGUUGACCAAGAAGGACCAGUUCAUCGUGGCCUACGGUGGCCUGCGAGGUGCCAUCGCCUUCUCUCUGGGCUUCCUGCUGACCAACAGCAAGUUGAAGAACAUGUUCCUCACCGCCAUCAUCACCGUCAUCUUCUUCACUGUGUUUGUGCAGGGGAUGACCAUCCGGCCUCUGGUGGAGCUCCUGGCAGUGAAGAAGAAGAAGGAGAGCAAAGGGUCAAUUAACGAGGAGAUUCACACACAGUUCCUGGAUCAUCUCCUCACGGGGAUUGAAGACAUCUGUGGACACUAUGGACACCAUCACUGGAAAGACAAGCUCAACCGCUUCAACAAGGCCUACGUGAAGAGGUGGCUGAUCGCCGGCGAGCGCUCCACCGAGCCGCAGCUCAUCUCCUUCUACAACAAGAUGGAGAUGAAACAGGCCAUGAUGCUGGUGGAGAGCGGGAGCGCCGCCAAGCUGCCCGCCAUCGUGUCCUCCGUCUCCAUGCAGAACAUCCAGCCUAAAGGUCCGGUCAGACAGCGAGCGAUACCGAGCAUCUCCAAGAGCCGUGAGCAAGAGAUCAGGAAGAUCCUGCGAGUGAACCUGCAGAACACCAGACAGAGGCUUCGCUCCUACAGCAGACACGACCUGAUGAUCGACCCGUUUGAGGACAAUGUGAGUGAGGUUCGCUUCAGGAAGCAGAGGGUGGAGAUGGAGAGGAGGAUGAGUCACUACCUCACGGUUCCUGCAAACCGUCAGGAAACUCCACCAGUGAGAAAAGUCUGCUUCGAACCAGAACACCAGGUUUACACCUACGAUGACGGUGAGAGCCCGAGGGGGCGGGACUCUCGGCCUCAGCCCCGCCCUCCUGAUGCCGUCAGCCUGUUGAACGAGUCUCAGCCGCGGCCCAAUCAGAGCAGCACGCCGCGAGCUGAAGGCGACAUGGAGCUGAAGGCGAAGGCUCCAGACGAUCAGGAGGAGCAGGAGCAACUGAAGCUAUCACGCUGCCUCAGUGACCCGGGUCCAAACCAGGAGGGGGCGGGGGAGGGGGACUCCUUCCUGUCAUGAUGAAGCACAAACAUACAGUACUUGAAAGUGAAGGAUGUUUUCUCGUCAUCACUCGUGAUCUGACUCGAUGGAAGUCGUAGCAAAGCUUCAUAUUUAUAUUUCAGUAUUAUUUUUUAUCUUGUGAUAUGGGAUUUUGGAUUUUGUCUUUUUCACAACUUAUGAUUUUAUCAUAGUUACUACCAAAGCAGGCUCCACCGGCCGUCUGCUGCUUCAGGAUCAUGUGACUGGAAUGAGCCACAUUUUGUCUCAACAUGCAGAUCUGCAACAAGUCCCACAACAAAGACAGAGCACUUCUUUUAACAAACUUGAAGCACCAGACGGGUGGAGUUUACCCACCUCAAAGCACAGUAUAACUACGCCGUAAAGUAGAGCCCGAACGAUAUGUCAGAAAGGCAACAGCAAACAACGUCACAGGCGUUUUUAAGAUAUGUUUGAGUUCAUGUGUCUGUCAACAAUUUGAUCCAGACUGAAAAAUCUUACUGGACAAACUGCCAUGAAAGUUUGUACAAACAUUCAUGGUCCCCAGAGGAUGAAUCUCUCUCACUUUGGUGAUCCUCUGACGUUUCCUUUCGUGCCAC